AUGAAUUUGAUGAAUGGGGUAUUCAUAACCUACUUGGAUUCUGUCGUCAUUGUUUACAUUGAUGAUAUCUUGAUAUAUUCUCAUAGUAGGGAGGAGCACGAGCAGCAUUUGAGGAUCGUACUUGGGAUUCUGAAGGAGAAGAAGCUUUAUGCUAAGUUUUUGAAGUGUAAGUUUUGGCUUAGUUUGGUGGAAUUCUUGGGUCAUGUGGUGGCUAAGGAUGCUAUUAUAAUAGAUCCUAAGAACAUAGAGGCGGUUCGGGAUUGGUUUAGACCCGCUUUAAUCACUGAGGUCAGGAGUUUCAUAGGCCUUGGGGACUAUUAUCAGCGUUUCAUGGAGAGGUUUUCAUGCAUUGCAUCCCCAUUGACCAAAUUGACUCAGAAGAAGGUGGCAUUUCAUUGGUCCGAUGAGUGUGAAGCGAGCUUUCAAAAGCUCGAGACUUUAGUGACUACUGCUCCGAUUUUGACCUUAGCUAUCAAGUGA